AUGUACAAGCCAACCACACAAAAUGAGUGGCUUUUCUGUGGGGCAUUACUCGCGCAAGCCAUUAUCAUCUUGGCGCUAGAGAUAUAUAUUAUAUCAGAAUGGCAGGUAUGGGUCCGUCCCAAUGUAAUCCAAGUGACAGUUUCAUACGUCGUGCCAAUCAAUCUGGCCAUCUUCGUCUUUACUUGCGCCUACGAGCUUGUCCUUGCUAUCGAUGCGGUGCAUCACAAAAAUAAUCUGUUGCUAUUCGCUAUAUGCGUCAGCAAUGCAUGUAUUCUUGCGUUCUCCGCGAUGCAGCCGAAUUCCCUGAAAGAAAUCGCUCGGAGACUACCGACAGCCCGUGAUAACGAAAGUCAGCCCUUGGUAGAUCUCGAUUUUGAUUUCUGGAAGCGAGUUGGCCCAGCUCAAAUUGCUUGUCCGAUAAUUUUUGGGAUAUGCACUUUUAUUAUCUGGUCAUGCGCUUAUCGGCUACAUAAAGAGUAUGCCUGGGCUAUCUACCGAAGGAUUCAUGGUGAUAUGAGUAUCAAGACUCGCUUUCUGGCCUACGAGAUUUACCUUGUUCUUAUCAAGCUCGAUUUCUACUUUAUCGCGGUUUUUGUGGUCCAGUACGGUUUAAUCGACGUACACUUUGAGGAGCCAGAGUUCGCCCUCACAAUGGCUCUUCUACCUGCAUCUUUCCUUAUGAUGGCGCUGGCUUUCUGGUGCGUUCUCAGGGAGCGGAAGAUCGGAAUGAUAAUGGUAAUUGUCUGCCACGCUGCGAUAAUUGCAUAUCUUAUCAGCCGGAUCAUUGUGCUUUGUGGCAAUGGGGAGCGAGCGAAUACAGCAGACAAGGAUAUGAUGCUACUAUUCGCCUUUGUUGCUUUGAUCCUCAUGAUUUGCACUUUGAUAUGCGCUGUAGUCUGCACGUUCAAUUUCAAUCAUGGAUUGAAAGAGGUUCUCAACGAGAACAGCUAUAAGCGAGAUACGCAGUUUGCGGCUCUCCCCGGCCGUACUGAUCGAUCAUACUCGCCAUAUCACCGCCUCUCGCUUGGGUAG